AUGGCCACCCCUAACAACACUACCAUUCCCACCGUCAAGACUUUCGCCUCCGCCUCUGCCUCGCCCUCCAACCACAAGGCCCGCGAGUACCUGGCUGGACUGGCCGACAUGACGGAUAGUUUGGUCGGCGUCGGAGGAGAGGCUGCCGAUGCCGACGAUUGGAUGGAAAUCGACCUGGAGAUCGAGAUGGCCGUAGGUAUGGAAAUUGACAUCGCGAUGGAUAUGGAGAUACAGAUGGGGAGGGAGGAGAAGAUGGCGGAUAUGCAGGUCACGGCGGACGGCGAGGACGAGGAUAUGCGGGAGGACGACAACGGCGACGAAGACGAGAACAUGGAGGUAGUUGCGGGAAUCAACGAGGAUGAGGACAUGGAGGUGGAUGCGGGCAUGGAUGAGGUCAUGGAGGAGGCAUAG